CGAUACUGUUUGAGUCUGUGGUCGCGGAGUAAAUAAAGGAGAUGCUCGUAUACAUUUUAUUUGGUCUGUUUGUGUCCGCGUGCGGUGCGAUCGAUGACGAGGGCAUAGUGAACGAGCUGGCUUGUUGGCUAUCGGGAGGACAAUGUAUGAGAGCCAUCGACUGUCCUUUACCACCGGAGAGUCUGCAGUCAGCAUGCCCAGCGCAAGCGAGCGAGGGCAUUAUUUGCUGUCAUGGAAUCUCAAACAAAAAAAAAUCCUGUCGCGAGCGCGGCGGCGUGUGCAUGGAGCGCUGUCCAACCAGAUACACAGACAGAAAAGCUGAAGACUGUGAAGACUAUGAAACCUGUUGUAUAGUUAUAAAAUAA